UGAGCUCGCACUGAGAGAUGAGCAGCAGUGACAGAUUACGGGGGUCCGCCCAGCCGUGAAGGCAGGUCCCCUUCAUCAGAUCAGCAGAACAUGAUGGACGCCGACGACAAUCACAGGCACCAUCUGGAUGAUGCCGAUGACGAGAGCCAUGCAUUCAUCGAGGGCGUCGAGGCGGGCGCACUGAAGGCCGCGGAUGACAAUGAGCAUGACAACGGGUCAGAAAGCACGAGAGCAACCGAUGGCCAUGAAUGAACGAAUCGCCACACAUGUCUGUUUGUCUGCGUGUUCUGCAGGGAUGGCAGAGAGCGAGAUGCAAAGGAGCGGCCACCGUCGCUCGUGUGGGAGUGGCAGGCGGCCCGUGAUCUGCGACAGCAAUGUGGCUUGGUUGCUGCAGAGAUCGGGACACUCCCCAUUGCCUGUCAACAGAACAAGCAGCUCGGCGCCCCUUUCCUUUACUCGGACGACCAGACCACGGCCAUCAGGCACAUGCAGCGAGGGAGCCGCUCGUCCAAUGGACGGCGCGGCGAGUCGGGUGGGAUCAGUGUCGAUGAGGGUCCUGCGAGUGCGCUGGGCAAGAGAAAGCGGCAAGACGAGGAUGCAGUGUGCUCUUCCGUGCGCUUCUCGAUGGCGGGUCUCAAGUUCGGGGGGACCUCUGUGAUGUACACAGGUACAUAGACGUGGAGAGCCGCCCGGCUUUUAACAUUUCAUGGUGUGGUGUGGUGUGGUGUGGUGUGGUGUUCGCCCUUCCCUCAGGUGAUCCACUGAAGUACCAUGGCUUUGUUCUCAUCCAGAGGGUGCCGCACAGCAGCUUGGUCUCGCCAGUGUCGCUGCUGAGGACGCAUCGAGUGGCUACUGCUAUGCACAAAGAGGUGGGUCAACGAGCCACGUGGAUGAAUGCUGCACGCUGCUGUCUAUGCGGGCUUGUGAGUUGUGCAGAUGGUUGUGGAGGUGGCGGGCAAGGGAGUGGGCGGAGGGGAGACGAAAUAUUUGAAGCUUGAUAGACUUGAGUACUUCUGAGCGCGCCUGAGUCCUGGUGCACUCAUCUACUUCUGUGAGGGACACCUGUACGUGUGUUAAUGUUUG